ACACGUGAGGAGGCCGACAGACAGACAGACAGACCCAGACCGGGCCGGUCGUGGUCAACACAACACAACACAACACAGCCGGUUACAGCUCCAGCCUCCACAGGCGCAUUCCACACCAGCAGCAGCAGCGCCGCCGUCAUCAUCAUGCCGCGAUCCCGGCGGGACAAGCGGGUUUCUUUGACCAAAACAACUAAGAAACGAUUACAGGUCAAACAGAGCUUAAUCGAGGAGUUACGAAAAUGUGUGGACAUGUACACAAACCUCUUUGUCUUUUCUGUUGAGAACAUGAGAAAUAACAAACUGAAGGAUAUGCGAUGUGCCUGGAAACACAGCCGGUUCUUCUUGGGUAAAAAUAAAGUGAUGGUGGUGGCUCUGGGAAAAGGAUCAGCAGAUGAAUAUAAGGAUGGUUUACACAAGGUCAGUGCACAGCUAGAAGGUGAAGUUGGUCUCCUGUUCACUGAUCGCACAAAGGCAGAGGUGAUUGAGUGGUUUGCUCAGUACUCGGAAUCUGAUUUUGCACGGUCUGGGAACAAAGCUACGAUGGCCAUUACACUUGACGCUGGGCCACUACCACAAUUCACUCACUCCAUGGAGCCACAAUUACGGAAACUUGGUUUACCGACCACGCUGAAGAAAGGUGUCGUGACAUUGUUGAGUGAUUAUGACGUAUGUAAAGAAGGUGCCUCACUGACACCCGAGCAAACACGCCUACUGAAACUCCUUGGUAUUGAGAUGGCCACAUUCAAAGUGACAAUAAACUGCCUGUGGAAUUCCAAGACUGGUGAAUUUGAACAACUUGCCGUGAGUGAUAAUGGAAAAAGCAAAUAAGUGGCAGAGAUGGAUGACUAGCAGGGAAUUCAAAGGUUUUGUCCUAUGCUUGACCUGUUAAAGUGACUGAACAAUGCUAUACACGAGAGAAGAAUUUGUGGAAACCAACAUAAUUGCAACUUUUCUAAUAAAAAUGUUGAAACAUAA